CUGGGCACAAAUUUGUAGGCAUAGGCCGAACUGAACAAAACCCAACCCACUGCAACUCUGGAGGGUCCUCCAAGCACUUGAACGACACCGUUUUGUAAAGAGUGAAGAUCACAACUGAUCUUGCUUUGAUCCAGGCAAUAGAAUCCCAUAUUUAGAAAACUACAAGCAUAUGUUCCGUGUAGGAAUCAGAAAGGAAACCCUAUCAAGUUUCUUCUCCAAAUUGAAAACCCUUACAAGCCUUUAAAUAACAUUUCUUUUUGAUUGAGACCCUUUGUUCCAUUUCCCGUCUUUUAAUCAAUCACUCAACCAUUCAAUUAGUGUGCAAAUUCAGUCUCUUUUCGUGUUCGGGAGUAAUCGUAGUGCGGGUCUCGCCAUGGCCAAAACCUCGUUCAAGCUCGAACAUCCAUUGGAAAGGAGGCUUGCAGAAGCAGCCCGCAUCAGAGAGAAAUAUCCUGAUAGAAUACCUGUGAUUGUAGAGAAGGCUGAAAGAAGUGACAUUCCUGAUAUUGAUAAGAAGAAAUACCUUGUUCCAGCUGAUUUGACUGUUGGGCAGUUUGUUUAUGUUGUACGGAAAAGGAUUAAGCUUGGAGCUGAGAAGGCUAUAUUCGUCUUCGUGAAGAACACUCUACCUCCCACUGCUGCCUUGAUGUCUGCAAUUUACGAGGAAAACAAGGAUGAAGAUGGUUUUCUUUACAUGACUUACAGUGGAGAGAACACCUUUGGAUCCCUCUAAGACCCUUCAUUCCAGUUUGUGUAAAUAAAACUUGGAAGGUGUAAAUUCUCAGCAGUCUCUCUCAAGUCAAUGCCUUGCUUGCUUAUCUUGUAGCCAAAUUUGGUCUCAAUUUGGAUUAAUUUGCCGGAAGCCGUUUGAACCUAUAUGGUAUCUUUACCAUGGAAUUUGAAUCUAAGUAAUCUAUUUAUUUACUGAUUUUCCAGUUGCCUUCA